CAUGCAGUCCAUCAGGCGCUGUGGUGGCUUCUGUAGCUAAGCGACUGCCUACGGGCAUCGGAAGUAGAUAAUGUGGGUUGCGAUGGCGGUGUGUGAUGAAAUGGCUCACACGUUUAGUUACUAAGCGUGCGCACAAUGCUCGUUGGCGGCGGUAUGUCGUCGCCUAAAGUGAGCAAGAAACAUGGCAAGCGUCACCACCACCAUCGAAGACACCACCAUCACGGGCACAGCAGUGUCCUUGCCAGCCUUGAAACGUCUCAGCACCAAAUCCUGGAGAGGGUGAAAAAUGACAGGGUGAUAGUAACCGGCCCGGAUGAAGACCGUCGCCGGAGAACCAUCAUCGUGGAAAGACGCAAGGGCUCCUUUGGAUUUACACUGCAGACGUACGGCAUCCACCACAAGCGGGACGGAGAAAUUGAACUCAUCACAUACGUAGACUAUGUCGAGUAUGAUGGGCCAGCUUUCCGUGCAGGGAUGCGUCCAGGAGACGUGAUCCUUUCAAUAAAUGGGCAUGACAUGGAGCACGUGGAUCACAAGAGCCUUGUGCGCUUCAUCCAAGGCUGCGCCUCUACCAUGCGCAUGGUAGUGCUGUUUGAAGACUGCGUGCACAAGGUGGAACUGCACAUCCGGUACCUUCGCCUGCAAAGAGUCCUCCAGGAUAAGAUCACAGAGCUGAAGGGUCUCUGUGAAAAAGAGCAGCAGCUACUGGAGAGCUGGCGUGAGAGAGGCAUUCAUGUGCCAUCAGUUGUGACCUGCAAUGGUACUCAGCAGCCAAGGGACUCGAGCAGCCAUUCAUCCUGGCAGCGUGAAGAUGAUGCUCUGACAUCAGCCACUCGCAUCCUGUCUUCGUCUCUGUGGAACAGACACAGCUUCAAGAUCUCUUCCAUGCGCUCUGACCGCAGUUUCAAUCAGCUGGCGCCUACUGUUAUAGAAGGGGCAAGUUCAGCAACCUCUACGACGCAUGCAUCACCGGUCUCGCAGCAAAAGCAAUUUGCGACGCUCCCCAAGGCCUCUUCGGCAGCUGCCCGUCGUCAGGCAUCGCGUAGCCUUCCGGCCAGCACUGUUCCCACACCCAAGGGGUCCUGGGAUGGGCUCGAAUCACGCUGCAGCACCGAUUUCUCGCGCUGCACGGGCCUCUCGGAGAGCACGGAUUUUUCUGAAGCUGGCAGCGUCGAGUCGCGUCUUUCGCCUUCACACCUCUCGGACCACGAGGACAAAAUUCCACUUGCUGUUCCACUUCCCCCUCCCACGUCUGUUGCAUCCAGUGCAAAUUCGAUGCAGCCCAGGGCAGAUGGCUUAGAUCGUGACGAAGUAACAAGACUGUGAAUUCGUUUGUAUGUACACACUUUAAUUUGGCUAUGACUGCCGUUGUGAAGUUUUGAGGGCAGUGACAAUUACAGCAAGGCUGUGGUUUUCCAUCAAUUAUAGCAAUUGUUUGAGAGUUAAUAUAUUUUUUUACAUUUGUUCUUAGGUUCUUUGCUAACGGAUUCAUUCUAUCCUUUGGCUUUCUUAUACGGUGGCUAAUCACUUAAAGCACUUGCUAUAACAUGAUAGAUAGGUCAGUAUUGGAGAUGAGUUGGCUGUGUAUGUGACCACAUUUUUAUCUUUUGGCUUGUGCUCACUGAACCAUUAGCAGUCGAGUGGCUAUUACGUGCUUGGAUGUUUAAAGAAAUUUUAUUAGCUUUUGGAAUAACGAUUGUGAUAUGUGCGAUCUGCAUUGAGACAGGUCCCUCAACUGUUUUCAGUAGGUGCUUAAAUAAGCUGCAGCUGCAAUCAUGUAAAAACAUAAGGCUGAACCUUGAUGCCUUUUUGUGAAGUUCAGCAACACAAGUUUCGUCCUUCGUUCUCUCAAGUAAAAAUUAAUUUUUACUGACGUGACAAGAUACACAGAGGGAAUGUUUAGAAUUUUCCCCAAUUUUUCUAGUUCAUUCUAGUCUGGUAACACAUUUUGUUGUGGUUUUUUACAUUUAUAUAUCAUUCUUUUUUUUUGUUGUCAGUACCAGACUUAUUGAAUAUGAACAAAAUGCUAGUGUGCUGCAUGAAUUUUGACCACGAACUACUUAGUUAUUGUAAUGAAUUCGCACCCAUACAACAAAGUGCACAUUUUUUGUGCAUCUUUUGCAUAGUGCACUUUAAUGCACUAUCUGUAUAUACUUAAUAUUGCCAACAUAUUGCACAUUGGUACGAAAGUGUACCGUUACUAUAGCUGGAUGGAUGCUAGUUCAAUUUAUUCAAUUUGUGCUCCUUUUGUGGAGAUGAAUGACUACAUUGUUCAUGUUUAUCCAUGCAGUUUUCUCUGGACUCGUUUCUUUUUUUUCUGCCGAUGAAAAGUUCAGAAGUAUCUUUGAAGAAUACAAACACCCUCUACUAGGCACCAAGAUCUCAAAUGAAGAUAGAAAUCAAAUGUGUAAUGUUAUUGUGUACAAUGUUUCUUUACCCUCAUUGCAUAUACACACACUGAUCUCUUAACAGUACUACUCACUGGCAUCCACUGCGCAAAGUAAAGUUUCUACGUUUUUAGGAGUAACUAUUUCAGAAUUUUUUUUCUCUUGCUGCAUAAUUAUUUUGCUUAUUCUGACUAAAAAUUUCAGUGUUCGUUCCUGGGCUAUGAAGCAGCUGUUUGCUUACUGGAACGUUCCUUCAUAAUUUAUGAUUGCUGUUUAUCUGCUUUCUUGGAUGUUUUUUUCCUUUUCCAUCGCUUUCCAUCGGGAGUGCUGAUCAGUAGUCGAAGGAGCUGCUUGUUUUCGUGCCGGUUUUAGUCAGCACAACGCCUAUUUUUGUUGUUCACAGCGCAUCAUCAAUGCAUCAGUAGCUUCGAGUCACAAUGUAUAUUUUACCGCCCGCUUCAAAUCAUGCUUCGCCAGGAAUUGAGUUUGUUGAAUGCUGCUAUAGUAUACUACAAACUUUACAUCCUCUAUUCAUUAUGAUGUAUGUGAUGAUGCAAUGCUGUAGUUGCCAUGUGCAUGCGGUUAUAGUCCAUCAUGUAGAUGGUGCCUUCUUCAUUGCACCUUGCCAUAAUAUGUACCCAACUUAUGCGCUCUUAGCUUUUUCGGAAUGAACAAGCAUUGGUGUGUUGCUGGAAACGGGGUUGGCAGUUCGCUGCCAGAGCGGCAUUAAUUAUUUGCAUUCUGCUUGUUUUUUAAGCAUACGCACUUUCUUUCACCUGGUGUUAGCUUGCUAAUGUAAGCUUGUUUGGUGGCCCGGUGGCCAACGUGGCAGCACAUCGUUCAUUGUAGCUUUAAGCUCUCCCACCUUCUCGCCAAUCUCGGGGUGAAACGUUUUGUCGCAUCUCAUUGUUGAACCUCAUCACAUUACUUUGGUCAAAUGCACUCUGCGCACAACUCAUCUGUUCAGUUUCUGAACAUUUUUUUAAUAUUCGCACGCCUCAGUUUUGCUUCAUAGUAGCUGCUACCACUAUUAGCUGAAUAUUGCAAGAUUGGCAGCGGCAGUUGCAGCAACAAUCGUCAUAUAAAUCAAAAUGUGUGAACUUGGCGCGUUGUUUGGUUUUUACUUGGUUCAUCCUGCACUAUGGCACAUGCGUGAACUUGGGCGGUGCGGGCUCGCCAGCAGAAUUGAUGGAAAAUAAAGUUUCUGGCACUGUGGUAUCAUCGGAGCACCCUGUGAGGUCCUGCUUCAAUAAGAUUGGUCAACGUGUGCUUGUUGCAGAGAUUAGAGUGCGUGCUUAGGUUUUUAUAUCAUUUUCUCCCAUGUGAUAUGAGAUGUAUACAUAUCUAUUUACAUACGAGUUCAUAUUUAUAUUAGGUUUUUUAAAAGGAGCUUAUUUUGUGUAUCACCUUGUCACAUCUGAUUGGCCACAAUUUCUCCGCAUGACCUUGUUUGUGCUGUGUUGUGACAAGCUGGUGUGGUUUUCCCUGAACUUGUCUUGCCCAGCGCAGGUUGCAGUGAUUCCAGUUCAUUAUUUGUAUUUUCACGUGUAUUAUUUAGUGCUUGUUGCUUAACUUUCAUAGCUGUGUAUACUACUGCUAAAGCAUACUUGUUUAUUUUUCCCCCUUCUACAUUGUUCUCACAUUUGUAUGUGCGAAAGGUAUCUAGUCUUGCAUUGCUAGUAAUGUUUUCCCGAUUGCAGUUAUAAGCACUUGCGGCAGUUAUUGUGACGUUACCUUAUGUAGCUUAGUGUUCAAAGUUUAACAGGUGUGGAUUUCACGGCAAAAGCCAAAUUUUCAUGUAUUUUGUAUCUACAGCUUGGUAAAAUGCUUUGCGAUCCUGCAUACCUGGGCUGCAGAAACACAAAACUCUUGGCUAGACCCCACACCACGUGAACUUUUGACUUCAGUAGUACAUGAGAACAAUUAGUACAGCUGUUUACCGGUGCUGUCUUCGUCAAUACCCAUUCCAAAGACUGAAUGUCAAAGCUGGUCAGAGGUUGUUGGAGAUAAUAUACCUCACUCAAAGCAAAUGAAAUAGGGAAGCAAGGAAAUGGCUCACGUGAUGCAAGUAGGAUGCAUUUUUCAGUACUACUGGCAUUCAGAAUGUAAGCAGGAUGCCAUGGCUGCUUAUUGCAGCUAAAUUUGAUGUUGAAGUCUGAAUGUGUUACCACUGAUGAUGAAGAUGAGGUCACAGAUAAUCUGUAUGGCACUUUGCAAUGUGUACUGAUGCUAAGCACAUUUUUUAGUUUUGUUAAUAUCUAUUAAUAAACAAUACUGGAAGAA